AUGGAGAGCAGGCAGGCGCUGUGUUUGAUUGAGCUGUGUCCGGUGUGUGGAGAUCAAGUCUCGGGUUACCACUACGGGCUGCUCACCUGUGAGAGCUGCAAGGGCUUUUUCAAACGGACGGUUCAGAACAACAAGCAGUACGUGUGUGCGGAGCAGCAGGAGUGCACCAUCGACCGCGGUCAGAGGAAACGCUGUCCGUCCUGCAGGUUCCUCAAGUGUCUCCAUGUGGGCAUGAGACUGGAAGCUGUUCGAGCCGACAGGAAGCGAGGAGGCAGAAACAAGUUCGGCCCGAUGUACAAACGAGAUCGGGCCCUAAAGCAGCAGAGAGAUGCUCUGAUUCAAGAUGGAGGAUUCAGACUGGACAGCGGCUCCUCCACCCACCACAGGAACUUGACCUUUACCACUGGCUUCCACCCUCUUCCCAUGAUUCCCAACACCUCGCUCCCCACAGCACAGCCUCCACACCUGUGUUCACUCCUGCCAUCCACCCAGUACCAGAGCACCUCCUUCUCAAACUGGAAAUCCCAGCACUCCAACAACGGCUCACCAGGACCCAGAGAUGGCAAAAGUACACACAUCCUUUACUCAAGCCCUUCUUCUAGGAUCCACUCCUUCUCUCCACCAGCUCCCAGCAUGCCUCAGCUGGUGAUGGAGUUCCUGCGCUGUGAUCCAGAUGAGCUCCAGCUGCAGAGUAAGAUCUCUGCUCGGAUCCUGCAGGAGGAGGAGAACGGGACCCCAAACACCUUCAGCCUGAUGUGUGUCAUGGCCGACCAGACGCUGUUCUCCAUCGUGGAGUGGGCUCGCACGUCCAUCUUCUUCAAACAGCUGAAGGUGGAUGACCAGAUGAAGCUGCUGCACAGCUGCUGGAGCGAUCUGCUGCUGCUGGACACCGUCUGCAGGAACGUGCUGCAGGGCCGAGAGAACAGCCUGCUGCUGGUCACCGGACAGGAGAUGGAGCUCUCCUACGUUGCCUCUCAUGCCGGUCUCACCCUGGCCAGUCUGGUCCAGAGAGGACAGGAUCUGGUGGAGAAGCUGCUCAUCCUGAAGGUGGACCGUCAAGAGUUCGCCUGCAUCAAGUUCCUCGUCCUCUUCAACCCAGAUGUGAAACAGCUGGAGGACCCUCAGUUUGUUGAGAGUGUGCACGAGCAGGCUGAAUCCUCCCUGCUGGAGUACACACUGAGCACCUCCUCUCACCUGAUUGGACGCUUCGCUCACCUGCUGCUCUGUCUGUCUGAGAUCCGCUCGCUGAGCACCCUGGCCGAAGACUACUUGUACUGCAAACACCUGAGUGGGGGGGGGCCCUGCAACAACCUGCUCAUCGAGAUGCUGCACGCCAAGCGCAGCUGUGCAUGA